AUGUGCCAAAGUAAGAGUAUCGUCAACAUAUGUUUAAUUUUGUCCUGUGUCAUUGUGACUUGUUAUGGAAAUACAAAGAGCAAAAGACUCCUAGUUGAUGACAUUGACAUUCAACAACUGGUUAAUGAUGUUGACACUCUGAAGCAGACUGUUCAAGGACAACAGAACCAGAUUCAAUCGCUGUUGUCUUUGUUAUCUGCAAAAGAAGCAGCUGGUGCGAUUUAUACACGAUGGGGGAGAAAGGACUGUACAGUAAAUGGCACGGAAUUAGUAUAUGAAGGGUUUGCUGGAGGAGGUCCAUUUGCCCAGGACGGAGCAGCAGUAAAUUAUGUAUGCCUACCACACGAUCCAGACUUUUAUAAUGGAGACGUAUCUAUGAGUCCAUAUGGUCAUAUGAGUACUAUGUAUGGCGCAGAGUAGGAAGAUAAUU